UCUCUCAAUACAUUCCUAUAAGUUCAGCCUUGCCCCAAACUCUAAACCUCAUACUCAAAAUCAUCAAAUUUACUAGCAAUCAAAAGACCAGAGAAUCAAUUCAUAUAUCAAAAUCAAAGCAGAAAAACAGAGUUCAAUUCUUUUAGAAGAAAUUAAAUCAAAAUGAGUUCAAGCAGGAGAGCGUGGAUAGUAGCAGCCAGUGUUGGAACAGUUGAAGCCUUAAAAGAUCAAGUUGGAUUGUGUAGAUGGAAUUACCCAUUGAGGUCUUUGGCACAACACACAAAGAAUAACUUGAGAUCUUACUCUCAAGCUAAGAAACUUUCUUCUUCUUCACUUAUUGCAAGGAGCGACAAGGCAAAACAAUCUGAAGAGUCUUUGAGGACAGUUAUGUACUUGAGCUGUUGGGGUCCCAAUUGAUCUCUUCUCUAGGUAUCUUCAUUGUCAUUUUUGAAGACCCAAAGAUUUUCGAUAGACAGAAAGAAAAAAGAAAAAAAAAUGUAUGCUAUGAUUGUAAAUAGAGUUUAAGUCAUGCCAUCUUUAGAGAAGCAUGCAUUAUUUCGAAUCAUUCGAAGAAUGACACAUGAAAUUAUGAAGUACUGUAGAUAUUUUGAUGGAAUUAUGAUAUGAAAGAUCGAUUAGUACUCUGCAUCAA